AUGGGAUCUGUGCAAGAUCUUCCAAAACAGCGUGCCAUCGAUGUUGAUGAAACCCUCACAUCUUCUUCACUGAAGAAAUCAGCCUUCGCAUACAAUGAGUUUGACCAUUCCAAAAUACCCUUCGAAGACGAGGAAUGGCCUGUCAUCAUAAUCGGAUCGAGCAUGGUGGGGAAGAGCUUAGGAUUGUUGCUUGGAUACCACGGCAUCAAAUCCAUCUCUUUUGAUCGACAUCCAUCGUCAGGGACUCAUCCACGCGCUGCGGGUCUGAAUUUUCGAACAAGUGAAAUUUUGCGCCAGCUUGGUCUUGAAAACUUCACCCUCGAGCAAAGUAAAAGUGAAUUUGAUCUCAAUGCUGGCAUGAUCAUUGUUGAGAAACUCGUAAACGGCAAGACAUUAGCCCUUUUGCAGGAACAUGAUCCGGAAAAGGUCAAAGAGGUCACACCUUCAAGCUGGGUAUGGAUCUCGCAGAGUAUGUUUGAGCCGAUCCUUGGCAAGAACGAAGAUCGCUUCAACGUUGGCGCAAAACAACAGCACGCUACCGAGGUAGUCCACUAUGAAGAAUUGUCAGAUGGUGUUGUCGUGGUGGUGAAGGCGGCUGGAACAGAGGAGUACAAGAAAUAUAAAACCACUUUUCUCGUGGCGUGUGAUGGUGGCCGCAGUCCAACUAGGCAAAAGGAGGGCAUCAAUUGGGAUGGGCCGGGCGUGCUGCGAAAUUCUCUGGCAGUAUUCUUCGCUGCCGACAUGACACCAUGGCUCGGCAAUAGAGCUGUUCAUGGCGUGGUUUACGUAUCCAAUCCAAAGAUUGGUGGUGGAUUUCGAAUGGAAAAGGGCGGCAAACAGGGGUUGCUCAUGGUCAACAACGUCGGUGACAGAACGGACUUUGCCCCAGGUACCGUUUCGGAUGAAGAAGCUAAGCAAUGGUUUUUCGAUUGCGCGGGACUUGAAGAGAAGGACCUAGAUGUUCAAAUGAAGAAUCGGUCAUAUUGGACCAUGGCCGCCUACACUGCAGAUCGUCUGACCAGUGCAGGUGGGCGAGUCUUCCUCGCUGGCGAUGCAGCACAUGUCAUGCCCCCCACAGGGGGUUUGGGCGGAAACACUGGGAUUGCUGAUGCGCAUAAUCUCGCAUGGAAAUUGGCAUUUGUGCUCAAGGGGUUGGCAUCAAAUUCUUUACUUUCCACCUACAAUGCCGAACGACAGCCAAUUGAUGAAUUCACAGUGGGACAGGCGCAUGCUCGCUUUCAAAAUCGUGUAGUGCGACAGGAUCCACCCGCUCCUGAAGUCGACGACAUUGCUGUCGAACUUGGAUUUCGAUAUCCUGAGGGCGCUUUCCUUGCUGACAGUGGUCAAGCACCGGAGAAGUAUGAUGCACCCGCCAGUCCAAGUGCGGCUCCCGGCUCGAGGUUCCCGCACACAUGGCUUUCUAGUGACUCUGAACCAAUAAAACAAGUUUCAUCGCUCGAUCUCAUUAAACAGAAUCUGGUCCUCGUGGCGUCCGAAUCCGAGUCACGUUGGAUUGAGGCUGCCCAGGGCAUCUCAUUUCCCAUUGAUACCUAUGUGAUCAAUGCGUCUUCUUCACCAUGGAAGGAUGUCGAAGGGAAACUAGGGAAGAGGUGCCAACUCGGACCAGGGCAGGCGUUGCUGGUCAGACCGGACGGUUUCAUUGCAUGGAGGGCAGAUGGUGCGCAAAAUGGGUCGAAAGAGGCGCUCCAGUCGGUGCUCGAUUCUAUUUUUCAAGGCUAA